CGACACCUGCCCACUGCACAGUUUUAUUCGCGCUUUACCAGUGAAGAGAAAAAAAACAAGCAUACAAGUUUCGCCAGUUAAUUAUCUUAUGUAUAAAGUUAUAUUUAACUAAAAUAUAUAUAUAUUUCAUGACUCUGAAAAGUAUAAACCGGUUGUGCAAAGAGGUGCUUGAGUUACUACCUGUUUUUAUACAGUCUUUGGUUGCUAUGCAACUGUACCGAGUGCGUGACUACGAAAGUCAUGGCGAAUAAGAGGGGUACAGCUGGGUCUGCUCCCUUUCAUGAUAUUUUAGGACAAUAUUUGUUAUUAAUCCUUAUUAUUUUAUUUUAUAAAUUCUCUUCUGCUACAAUGGACGAUGUAUUUCGUGCCGGGCAGUCGAUGAUGUUGUCUCCGGUAGCUGCUGCAUCACGGGAUGUUCGAUACCUCCUAUAUGAUGUAAAUCCACCUGAGGGCUUUAAUCUUCGCCGAGAUGUGUACAUUCGCAUGGCCUCUUUGCUGAAGACAUUGAGGAAAAAUGGCGACUGGGUGUUAGUGCUGCCUCCAUGGGGUUGUCUGGCUCACUGGCAGAGUCCUGAUAUAAAUCAGGUUCGCAUCCCGUGGGGAGAGUUCUUCAGCAUAACCAGUCUGAAGGCUAACAUACCUGUCAUUGAGUAUGAGGAGUUUAUUUCUGAGUCUGGAGGACCCUUCAUUGACCAGAUCCUUGUGCUGCAGAGGUAUGCUGAGGGUUGGACAGAUGGGAAAUGGGAGGAGAUGGUGGAUGAACCAACAUGCAUCGAAAAGCUAAUGUACUCAAAAGACAAACAUGGUUAUUACAGAGGUUGGUUUUGGGGUUAUGAGGAGACCAGAGCAUUGAAUGUCACCUGUAUAUCGGCUCAGGGUCAUGCCUCUACCUUGGCUCCUGUCUUACAAAAUAACUUAAACGCUAUGUCAUUAAUGCUAGACAGAGCUGAAUCUGUCCUUCAUGAUCAUUAUGCUGGGAAGGACUACUGGGAUACGAGGCGAAGUAUGGUGUUUGCCAAACACUUGCGUAUCAUAGGAGACGAUUUUAGGGCCAAGUAUUUAAACUCCACAGACAAACAGGACCAGACGCCGUAUAACGAAGACUGGACCCAAAUGAAAAACAGGCUUGGCAGUGCUAAAGGAGGCCCUUACCUGGGAGUCCACUUGCGUAGGAAGGACUUCAUCUGGGGGCACAGAGAAGAUGUGCCCAGCCUCAAAAGAGCAGUGAAGAAGAUCCGUAGUCUCCUGAAGAAGCACAAGCUUCAACAAGUCUUUGUUGCCACCAAUGCAGACGAAGAAGAGUUAUCUAAGCUGAAAAGGAUGCUACCUGAGAUGGUGCGAUACGAGCCCACCUGUGAAGACCUGAAGCUCUUGAAGGAUGGAGGGGUGGCCAUCAUAGACCAGUGGAUCUGCGCUCAUGGGAGGUAUUUCAUUGGGACUUCGGUUUCAACGUUCUCUUUCAGAAUACACGAGGAAAGGGAGAUACUAGGUUUCGAUCCUAAAACCACCUACAACCGAUUCUGUGGUGACGAUGAGAAUGAAUGUGAACAACCAACACACUGGAAAAUUGUCUACUGAUCACACAGAAAACUUGAUGCUGAUCAUACAGACAUACAGAGGAUUCUCUCUAUUUUUUUAUGUUUUAUCUGACAAUGUUGAAAAUACAAUCUUUUAAAAGAAUAGUUAACCCUAAAAUGAAAUUUCCUGAAGCCAUCCAAGAUGUGGAUGAGUUUGUUUCUUUAUCAGAACAGAUUAGGAGUAAUUUAGCUUUACUUACUUGCACAUCGAUGGAUCUUCAGUGAAUGGGUGCCGUCAGAAUGAGAGUCCAAACUGCUGAUAAAAACAUCAAAGUAUGCUAAUCCACGAAUUUCCAAGCCAUUAAUUAACAUUUUGUGAAACAAAAAGUGUUGCGUUUGUAAGAAAAAAAAACAAAAAAAAACAUUGUCAAGAUGUUUUUAUCUUCAAACUGCUGUUUACAGUAAAACACAAUCCUCUAUCCACAGUAUUGCCUUCUCCAGUGAAAUACAGAGUCAAAAACAGUUAUAAAUAAAUAAAUAAUUGGAUUUUGAUGUGAGAUGACAAUUUGGGAUGGAUUUGAGGAAUCAAUUGGGUGAAUUUUUUGUUUCAUGGAAGAGCCAAUGGUUUUUGAUUGUGUAACAAGUUUGUAAGGCCUUUGUAAAUUUAAUUUAAUUUAAUUUAAUUUAAUUUAAUUUAAUUUAAUUUAAUUUAAUUUAAUUUAAUUUAAUUUAAUUUGUUUAUUUAAAAGGGCACAGUGCAAUUUCAUAAAAUACAUGAACAAACAUGGUUAAAAAAGCCAGAAUUAGCCAAAAGGCUAUUUUUCAUCUGUAGUCCCCUGGCCAAGAUUUAAAAAAAAAAAAAAAAAAAACAUUAAAAUGCGAACAAGAAAAUACAUUUACAAGUCUUGGCAAAUUGACUACAAUAUAAAUGACAGUGUAAAAUAACUUAAGGUACACUGUACCUGUUACAAUAAUAAGACACACUAAAAACACAUUUUCAAAAAGGCUGUAGUAUAUCAAAUAUAUAAUACAGCUCAAUAGGCUCGGCUUUUAAUGUUGGCAGACAUAAUUGUUAAUGAGCCAAAUUAAAUUUUUUUUGUAAAGGUCUUGUAAGUGUUGAGCUGUCUAACCUCCUCAGGUAUAAAAAUCCAUUCAGUAGCGCCCCUCACUGACCAGGCAGAGCGACUGAAAAGGCUCCUGUGCAGAGGGAUGACACAGUCCCCUCUAGCAGAGCCUCGAGUGACGCACUCAGAGCUGUUUCUUUGGCUGAUGAACUGGUGCCAAAUCAUGUGUCACUUUGUAUAUGAGAUUCAGAUUUAAAAACUUAUGAAUACUGUUCCAGUUUAAAAGGCUGUGUUUUUUUAAAUUGCACAGUCAUGACAGUGCCUUGGUUUUUUGUCCAUGAUUUUAAUGGCUUGUUUGUAUAAUGUUUCCAAAGGUAUUCUUGUGCUCUGACAUGCUCGAGACCAACUUGUAAAGCAGUAGUUGAGGUGGCUGAAAAUUAUGGAAUGUUUAUUCCUUUCAUUAGAUGAGGUAAACCAUUCCAGUACAAAGUACAUAUUCUGAAAUCACAGCCUGUUAAGAUAAGCUGAUAACUUGAGGACAAGCAGUUGAGGUUUUUGUUUUGUAGAUUUAUUUUAUUGUCUGGAAAUGUGAAUUCUCAAAGAUGUACUGUAUUUUAACCUGUGCAGUUUUUCUAUAAAUGUUUAUUGUUGUAAAUUAAUUUCUAGUAGUCUGCUAGAUACAGUAUAAAAUAAUAAAUUUGCUGUAGGUUUUGCAAAAUUUUACAAUCUCUCUCCUGGGACAUUAAUCUGGUUUCAUAUGAUGCCCAUCUGUCAGUUCAAAGCUAUACUUCUCAUUUUACCUCAACCUGUGAGUGGAGACAAUGCUUUGUGGCUUAUUCUCAUAAAAAAGAGGGCAGCAUGAGAUGUGUUUCAGUCUUUUGUUCUGUUGAUGCUUCUGGAAAACUUUCCAAGCCAGUUUUCAUAGUUCAAGUAUAUUUGAACAAUAGUGUGUUAUGUGGAUCCUAAUCUUGGCUGUUUAUUGUUAAAAUGUUAGGUGAUAUAUUUCAGAAUAAUGUAUGUACUAUACUGUUAUUGUCCUUAUUGUUAUUGACCUAAAGACAAAGGAAAGAUUUAUGAACUUCAUAACCUGUACAACCAUCAUGAAAAAAUAAAAAGAUAAAAAACACUGAAA